UUCUCACUUUCUCGUUUGAAACUCUGCUUUCGGAAACCCUAGAAAAUUUUCGAGUUCUUCACAUCCUCUGAUCCUUGAGAUCUUUCUGAGAGUUCGCAAACGAUGGCCGGUAAAGGAGAGGGUCCUGCGAUUGGGAUCGAUUUGGGGACGACAUACUCGUGUGUUGGUGUGUGGCAGCAUGAUAGAGUGGAGAUUAUAGCCAAUGACCAGGGCAACCGUACCACGCCCUCCUAUGUCGCUUUCACUGAUUCCGAGCGUUUGAUCGGUGAUGCCGCAAAGAACCAGGUCGCCAUGAAUCCGACCAACACCGUCUUUGAUGCGAAGCGGUUGAUUGGUAGGAGGUUCAGCGAUGCUCCAGUUCAGAGCGAUAUUAAGCUAUGGCCAUUCAAGGUCAUUGCUGGUCCUGGUGAUAAGCCAAUGAUUGUUGUUAAUUAUAAAGGUGAGGACAAACAGUUUGCAGCUGAGGAAAUCUCCUCUAUGGUCCUUAUAAAGAUGCGUGAGAUUGCUGAGGCCUACCUUGGUUCAACAGUGAAGAAUGCAGUAGUUACUGUACCUGCCUACUUUAAUGACUCUCAGCGUCAGGCCACAAAGGAUGCUGGGGUCAUCGCUGGACUCAAUGUCAUGCGUAUUAUUAAUGAGCCUACCGCUGCUGCCAUUGCUUAUGGUCUUGACAAGAAGGCAGGCAGUGUUGGCGAGAAGAAUAUUCUGAUUUUUGAUCUGGGUGGCGGUACUUUUGAUGUUUCACUUCUUACCAUUGAAGAAGGUAUCUUUGAAGUGAAGGCCACUGCUGGUGACACCCACCUUGGUGGAGAAGAUUUUGAUAACAGGAUGGUGAAUCACUUUGUUCAGGAGUUUAAGAGGAAGCAUAAGAAAGAUAUCAGUGGAAACCCAAGAGCCCUCAGGAGACUGAGGACUGCUUGUGAGAGGGCAAAGAGGACUCUCUCAUCCACAGCUCAGACUACUAUUGAGAUUGAUUCUUUAUAUGAGGGUGUAGAUUUCUAUACAACUAUUACCCGUGCCAGGUUUGAGGAGCUCAACAUGGAUCUCUUCAGGAAAUGUAUGGAGCCUGUGGAGAAGUGUCUAAGGGAUGCAAAGAUGGACAAGAGCACUGUACAUGAUGUGGUUCUUGUUGGUGGUUCUACUAGGAUUCCUAAAGUGCAGCAGCUAUUGCAAGACUUCUUUAACGGGAAGGAGCUAUGCAAGAGCAUCAACCCAGAUGAGGCUGUUGCCUAUGGUGCUGCUGUUCAGGCUGCCAUCUUGAGUGGUGAAGGCAAUGAGAAGGUGCAGGACCUUCUACUUUUGGAUGUCACCCCUCUCUCUCUUGGAUUGGAAACAGCCGGAGGUGUUAUGACUGUUUUGAUCCCAAGAAACACAACAAUUCCCACCAAGAAGGAGCAGGUGUUUUCUACCUACUCUGACAACCAACCAGGAGUUUUGAUCCAGGUUUAUGAGGGUGAAAGAGCUAGAACUAGGGACAACAACCUGUUGGGCAAAUUUGAGCUUUCUGGCAUUCCACCUGCCCCAAGGGGUGUUCCCCAGAUCACAGUUUGUUUUGAUAUAGAUGCUAAUGGUAUCUUGAAUGUCUCUGCUGAGGACAAGACUACAGGCCAGAAGAACAAGAUUACUAUCACCAACGACAAGGGUAGGUUGUCCAAGGAAGAAAUUGAGAGAAUGGUUCAAGAAGCGGAGAAGUACAAAUCUGAGGACGAAGAUCACAAAAAGAAGGUGGAAGCUAAGAAUGCCUUGGAGAAUUACGCCUACAACAUGAGGAAUACUGUGAAGGAUGACAAGAUUGGUUCUAAGCUUGACCCGGCUGACAAGAAGAAGAUUGAGGAUGCCAUAGAACAGAGCAUCCAGUGGUUGGAUGGCAACCAGCUUGCAGAGACAGAUGAGUUUGAAGACAAGAUGAAGGAAUUGGAGAGCAUCUGCAACCCAAUCAUAGCCAAGAUGUACCAGGGAGCUGGUGGUCCUGACAUGGGUGGUGCUGCUGGCAUGGAUGAAGAUGUUCCACCAGCUGGUGGCAGCAGUGCAGGACCAAAGAUUGAAGAAGUAGAUUAAGAAGUCUCUGUUAACAGAAGUUGGUGCUACAAUUUGGGGAUUUACUUUGUUAUAGAUGUUUUGUUGUUUUAGUCUUUAGAUCGUUUAAAUUUUUGAGCUUGCAAGCUUGUAUUUGCUAUUCAUUCGGAGUUAAUAUCUCUGGCUUGCUUAUCUGCCAUCAACUGCUUAUUUUACAAUGGUAAUAUAUGGUAUGUUUUUGGUA